AUGCUGACUCAAGUACAACCAGUUCCUCUAACGGAAGAAAAUUUGAAGAAACACCAGAGAGAAACGACGUCAAAUAGGAUAUCUUUGAGGAACACCAAAAGAAGAUCCAAAAGUGGAAAAAGCCUUCGUUCUGCUGGCGACGGUGAGAGUAUCAAAUUUUAUAGGGAAGAAGCGCUAAAUGCCUCACUUGAUGAAAAUCAAGGUUGCGAAAAGAAAAAAUUUUCAGAAGGGGAAUCACCAGGCGAUUCUGCGACGAAUUUUGCUGAAGACAUGAAUGAAGAAAGGAAGACAAACUCCAAGCCGGAAAUUGCCGCUAAAGAGGUAGAGAUUAAGCGAAAAGCUGAUAGUUCAGCUCUAACUGAAAAGGAAGAAUUGUCCGAAGGAGAGGAAGGCGAUAAGCCUUCUGACAACAUUGCUGCAAACGAGGCAGAAACUAAUCCAAAAGGUGAUAAUUCAGCUCUUAUUGAGAAGGAUGUAUUGUCUGAACAAGAAGAAGGUGUUGAGUUUUCUCAAAAGGAGAAGGGAAACCAUGAAUACGACGGCGAGAACGCUGGUGAAUCUGAGAAGGAACUGGGUGAAAGCGAACAAGAAGGUGAAGGUGACGAAGAUGAUAAUUCUGAUGAAUCUUCUGAUGAAUCUAGUUCGCUUGAUAGCGAAAGCGAUGUAGUUACGGUUGUAGCCAAAAAUGACAAUAAAAACGCUGAAGACACAAAUGAAACAGGUACAUCUACUCGAUCAUCUUCUCCAGUGAGUGAUGAAGAUGACGAAGACGAUGACUAUUCAGUUGAUGACGACGAUGAAGAAACCGAGGACGAAGAGGAGGCUGAAGAAGCCGAAAAAAGUGAAGACGAGCUGACUCACUACAGUAGCAGCUUGAACGCAAGCGUAAGUAGCAUCCCUACUCUUUGUGACGACAGGGAAGAGAGUCCUGAAUCACUCAACAGUUCCGCAGAAGAGUCACCUCGAGAAAGCCCUGGCCAAGAAAAAGGCGAAGGUGAAGGACAGGAUCAAGAGACUGAAGCUGCCAGACAUGUGAUAACUGAAGGAGAUGAGGUGAAAGUAGAUGAGGAAGGAGACCCUGUAGCUGAAGAUUUACAAGCAGAGAAAGAAGAAGAAAGGAGUCAUAACACCCCUCCGGAUAGUAGGCAGGUCAGCGGAAGGUCGGCAACACCCCGGACUGUUGCGGUAAGCGAGUUUGAUGAUGUAGAGAGCACGAUAUUUGAUCGCCGAGAACUGAGCCGACAGGGCAGCAGCUCACGGAAUGCUUUAACUUCAACUGCGAACAGUAGGAGAUCUGAUGUGUCAAUCAAAAACUGGGCUGAGUUUGGUGAGCGUGGCAGUGUGACUAGUAACGUGGAAGAGGUGACAGAAGUUGUUGAUUGUUCGAUGAAAGACAACGUUCGCAAACGAUUGAUGACCAGAAAAAUGCGCAACGCUAAGCAAGGAAAGACGAAUAUAGACAAAACAAAAGUAGUUAAGCAGCAGCCUACUUUACAAAGAACGGGGAAGAAAACUGGUGAUAUUCAUUUUAAGGGGAGACCUCAGUUAAAAAAACAGAGCUCGCACAGCAGUGAUAAUUCCGACGUGUUAAACACACGACAACAAAAACUUAUUCGCAGAAAACGAAGACCAGUGAAGCAGGUUUCCUUUGACAAUUUUAACAUUCAAAACAGCACCAAAAUAUCUACAAGUGAUUCUGCUUUCUUUGGAAGUCGAACUGAAAGUAGGGGCGACGAAAAAUCAAGCACAAAACCUCCAGAAAGCGAGCACAGUGGCAGAGUUAGCAGCCGGUGGACUGGUGCGGAAACCGAACGCGCUUCGUCUACAAGUACACGGCCUGUGAGUACGGUCCAGUCUCCACGCAGUAAUUUAUCGACAAGUCAGCGCUCUAGGCAGACAUCUAUAGUUGAUGUAAUGACAGCUGUCAAUUAUCCACCGGCUGUAAUCUAUGGAAAGAAGUCGCAUCUUCCUUCUAUGCGUCCUCGGCGACAUGGUAAGGGGAAGACGUUUGAUCCUUUUGAUUAUUAA